GCACUGAAAUGUAGGUAGAAAGGUACUUUAUUAACGUCGCACCAGAGCUGAAAGUGGUUACAGAUAUCUCCUGCUGCUUAUGAUCCUGAACAAAGCUUGACGACUACAUUAGAACCCAUUCCGAAAUAUUCGUUUUUUCACAAACCUUAAAACAUCCUAAACCGGACAAUAUGUCUGGCCGAUAUGACAUGAAAACUGUUCAGGAUUCAACACCUAAAUGUAAUUUUGGACAGAGGCCCAAAGAUACAGAGCCUGACAACAAUCCUGCUCCUGGUUAUUACGAUGCAAAUUCCUGUCUGCAGAAUGUGGAAGAUAAGAACCCAAGCUACACAUUCGGACAUAAACGUUCACUUCCAAAUGUUGAAUCAAACCCCGCUCCUGGUUAUUACGAUGCAAAUUCCUGUCUGCAGAAUGUGGAAGAUAAGAACCCAAGCUACACAUUCGGACAUAAACGUUCACUUCCAAAUGUUGAAUCAAACCCCGCGCCUGGACAGUAUGAUUCCGAUCAAGCUUUAAAGAAAGUGGAAGAUUCAAAGCCCGUUUAUUCAUUUGGAGAGAAGCAUCAUCACACUCAAUAGAUGGAUGACACACUGGGUAAUCCUAACGUCUGAUGAAAGAACACAAAAUAUUACUACAUGUUAGAAUAGAAGCAUUUGUUUUCGCUUCCAAUAAGGACAUUACAAUUGUAUUACAUUUACUAUAUAUUCAGGGGUUAGACAAAAUUGUGGAAAUAUACCAACUCUAACUCUAUGAAAGCUCUAUACUAACUCUAUGAAAAUAACUUUCGUUUUUUAGCAACAAAUGUUCUGGAAGCUUUUACAUGACAAAGCUCUUGGCACAGAUUUAAAGAUCAUGCUUUGAGGUUUUAGAAAUGGUAUAUUUUGACCCAUGCAAAAUUCGGAUCGACCCAAUUGAGGAGAGGAAGUUAUUAACUUAUUUUGAAAUCAUACUAUAGGAUUGCAAUAUUUAAAAGGAUAAUUGCCAAUUUAAGUUCUGGGUACGCAGUACCUAGACCAGGGGCUAUCUGCUCUUUUAUCGAAAUAUUAUAGAAUUAAGGAAAGAGGGGGAAUGAGAAGAUUACGUUAGUAAAUUAACAUGAUAAUAAAAUACACAAAAAUGAAAAAUCCUGGAUAGGAAAAAAAUUCAUAUAUAAAUGUGGUAAUUAUAUAUACUUUUUCAAGUAUAGUGGUAUUUAAAAUAGGAAAAGAGCCUAUAAUUCCUACAUGCUCAUUUCAGUCCAUGUAAAUUUUACAUGGUUACCCAUGGACACCAUUUCUAACAACUUUAAACACUAUCUUUUAAAUUGUGCCAGCUGUCUAACCAUACGAAAUCUUCUAAAACAUUUGCUGCUGUAAGAAAGAUUGCUUACAUAGAGUUAGCAUAAAAGUAUUACCAUAUUUUUGUCCAUCCCCUGCACAAGUACAUUGAAUUUCCUUAAUAAAUGCAAAUAAUUAACCA